GUGACGUCAUCAACCUGCGCCAGCCAGGCGCCACACACCACGGUGGAUCCUUCACGACCUUUCACGCACUAUUCUGAUAAAAUGCGCGUUAAAUGUUGUUUAAAUAAUUAUCAAAUAUUACUGUGAGGGUGAAAUUCAGAGAAAUGUUUCGGUUUACAGUCGCAGUUUUUGGCAGAGGAGUCGCUAAAAGGUUUUGCUCGUCUUUCCCAGCAGAGGGCGCUCUUCCUCCAAACUUACACCUCCCUGCAAACCUCGUGGAUCCGUCCAGACUCAGGCGUCCCCCUCCCCUGGCAGACUGCUCCCUGCCCCUCCUGAGGAGGUGUGACGCUGCCGUCCCUGCUCACCUGAGCCCCAUGCAGACGUGGGUGGAGUCUCUGCUGACGGAGGACGGCGAGCCGCUGGGGCUGGCUCAGCUCCACCCCGAUGUCUUUGGAGUUAAUCCAAGAAUGGAUAUUCUUCACGACGUAGAGAAAUGGCAAAGAAACUACAAAAGAGUCAGUCACGCCCACACAAAGGUCAGGUCGGAGGUCAGGGGCGGGGGCAAGAAACCCUGGAGACAGAAGGGGAGCGGGAAAGCUCGCCACGGAAGCAUCCGGUCCCCGAUAUGGCGAGGAGGCGGGGUGUCCCACGGACCUCGAGGGCCGACCAGCUACUACUACAUGUUACCCAUGAAGGUUCGAGUCCAGGGGCUGAAAGUGGCUCUGAGCGCUAAGAUGGCUCAGGACUACCUUCACGUGGUGGACUCUCUGAACGUCCCGACUCCAGACUCUCAGUACCUGCAGGACCUGAUCAGACACAGGCAGUGGGGGGAGUCGGUCCUCAUCGUCGACGUAGCUGAAGAGUUUCCUGAAAACCUCCUGCGGGCCACGGCGGAUCUGAAGAAGGUGAACCUCAUCCCGGCCAUCGGGCUAAACGUGCACAGCAUGCUGAAGCACGAAGCCGUCGUCCUGACGCUGGAAACCAUCAAGUUCCUGGAGGACAAGCUGCUGUGGCACGACCAGCGCUACUCGCCGCUGUACCCGUUCAGGCUGCCCUACCGCGACCUCCCCUGAGACCCGCCCACCCACACCGGGCUCUACUGAGGAGACGAGGAAGUUUAAAAGUAAACAUUUAUUAAAAAGACUCGAGGAGCUGAAGCCUCACGGCUGGGAGCUGAACUUGUGUGGCUGGAGGCUGUUGGCCAGCCGGUUCCUGACCUCCCAGCGGAGCGCCGAGCGCUUCUUCUCUGUUGGCACCACGUACGAGUUGGGCUCAAACACUCUGCGAGGUUUCGGCUGAAACGAAGAAGAAGAAGAGCUGUCUGACAUUUCUACACAAACUUCUGUGGAACAUCUUGAAAUAAAAAUGUCUGUCCUUGUUCUCCAGAAGGUUUUUUUCCCAAAAUAAAUCUCAAACUGCAGCUUCAAAA